AUGACCUCCCCAAACACCUUUGGCGACCUGGGCCUUUCCAUUAUCGGCGUGGGAACCCAGUACCCGCCUCAUGCGCUGGACCAGAACUGUCUCGACGUCCUGGCUGCGCGAUUCUACCCCGAAUCACCAGCUAUGAAAAAGGUCCUCUCGAUCAACCGCUUCACAGGAAUUGACACGCGAUCAUCAAUCGGAACACCAGACCACCCAAUCGUCAACCGAAAGCAGGCCCCCUCCAUCACGGAUCUCCACGAAGUCUUCGUCAGCGAAGGCAUUCCCCUCUCGGUGAGCGCCGGCCGCAAGGCCCUCGACGAGGCCGGCAUCGACCCUGCCCAGAUCACGCACAUUGUCGCGACAACCUGCACGGACAGCGCAAACCCGGGGUUCGACCAUUACGUCGCCAAGCAGCUCGGCAUCACCCACAAUGUCGAAAAGGUCCUCUUGCACGGCAUCGGCUGCAGCGGCGGCCUUGCCACGCUGCGCACCGCCGCCAAUUUGGCGCUGGGACACACGGCCCGCUGCAGGCCGGCGCGCGUCCUGUGCCUCGCCCUGGAAGUGAGCACGACCAUGGUACGCAGCGAGAUGGACAGCAUCAACGAGUCACAGGAGACCAGGAUAGGCAUCGCCUUGUUCUCCGACUGCGGCAGUGCCGUGGUGCUGAGCAACGGAAUCGGACCGCCGACGGAGCCUGUGUACGACCUGCUGGGCUGGGAGCACAGGAUCAUCCCCGACUCGGACAGGGAUCUCGGCUUCGACGUCGACGUGGUCCUGUCCCCUCGCGUCCCGACGCUCGCGUCGUCUGUCAUGGCGCCAACGUUUGCAGAUCUGCUGGCCUCCGUGCCGUCACUGCCAGCCGCGUACCGGAAAGCCGAUGACUUUGACUGGGCCAUGCACCCUGGCGGCGCCACCAUUCUGACAGGCGCCGAGAAGGCCAUGGGCAUCACGUCCGAGCACAUGCGCGCGAGCUACGACACCUACAUCAACCACGGCAACUCGAGCUCGGCGACCAUCUUCAGCGUUCUCGACCGCUUGCGGAGCAAAGAUAUGGACGCGCUGGCGCCGGGCGGGCGGGUCCGGGACUUUGUCGUCGGUUGCGCCUUCGGCCCGGGCAUCACGGCAGAGAUGUGCAUGCUGAAGCGCAACCGGGGCGUGCAGGGUGUCACAGGCUUACUGACGCCACCGGAGACGGAGAGCGAAGGAGGCCGCAGCGAUGUUGGGGACGAAAUCGAAAGUCCGGUGGCGGCGGCACCGCAGGCGAAUGGCGAGGCGUUUGUCGCAGAAGCAUUAGAGCAUCUAGACCUCGAUUGA